AAUGAAGGUGGUGAGUUGUAUAUUUGGGGUCAGCCAUCCAAAGCGACGGGCAAUACACAAGAAUGGCAAAGUCGAGAGUGCAUGCAGGGUAGAGAUGAGUGUCAAAGAUGAUUUGUUAGUGAAUAAUAAUGGCGAGAGUGAAAGGGAGGAGUUACAAGAUGGUAAUUCGUUAAAGAUGUUAACAUUUUCAUUGGGAGUGACGAAGAUGUACAGGAUUAGAUGUCUCAUAUUGAGCAGUUUGGAGACAAAGUUAGAGAGGCAAGGCUGAGAUGGUUGGGACAGAGGACGUUGAAGGUGGAGCUGUCAGACAAUGAUCUUCAAGGAAGCGAUGGCUCUGGGAGUUUGGGAGGCCCGGAUGUUCGCAGACGAAUCCCCAUCAAACUUCUGUCCAAGCAGCCAAUAAGGAGCAAACCUCAACAGCGCCCCCAGAGACCUGUCAGUAGAGCUUGUAAAAGUGAGACUGGAGAAGAUGUAAUCAUGAAAUCGAUGAUGAGGACAGCAUCAAAUAACUUUGGCUUUAAGCAAGAGGACAGGUUUGACUGUGGAACUAAAGCUGGUGAUGUGUUUGCAAGUCAGAGGAGAUUUCCACAACCGUUGUUCUGGGACUAUAAGUUAAAUUUGAUUGGAGAAAAGGAUGAUGUUCCGAUUCACUUCUGUGACAAAUGCGGUCUCCCUAUUCAGCUGUAUGGACGGAUGAUUCCCUGCAAACAUGUUUUCUGUUAUGACUGUGCUCUACUUCAUGAGAAGAAAGGAGAGAAGAUGUGCCCAGGCCUGACCCUCUAUAACUGUACAGACCCGGUUCAGCGCAUUGAACAGUGCCAACGUGGUUCCCUCUACAUGUGCAGCAUUGUACCAGGAUGCAAGCGCACCUACCUGUCUCAGCGUGACCUCCAGGCCCACGUCAACCACCGCCACAUGAGGGCUGCCAAGUCUUCUGCAGGCCGCCAGGAGCCCGUGCACCUGCCCCCUGCUUCUGAUGUGUCUGAACGUUUCCGCCUGCCUCCACCUCACUUACCCAAGAACCAUGUCCAUCUCACCAACCCGCUCCAGCACGGGAGCCACGAUCCUUACAGUCAGCCGCCACCUCCCUCCGCUCACGAAGGCCCGCCCCCAACCCCUUCUCUGGGUCCUGAGACAUUCCGCAUUGCCACGGUAACAACUCGUAAACACAGUAAUCUCAUCACUGUUCCCAUUCAAGAUGACUCCUCUUCCUCUCGCGAGCCCCUCUCUGCUGGGCCAGGCCCUGGCCAGCCUCCCCACCACCACCCCGGGGACUAUCCUGGCCAGCCUCCUGUAGUGUCGCACUCUCACCAUAUGAUGGCACCACCUCAACAGCAUUUUGGUCCCCCGUCCCCGCCGCCUCCCAUUACACACCCAAUGCAGCAUCCUCCCCAGGCCUCUGGGACACCACACAUGGUGUACAACCAGGCCCCUCCUCCCCCAAUGUCCACAGCACCCCCACCUAUUACUCCUCCACCAACGCACAUGAUACCCCCUUACAUGAAUCACCCACCCCCAGGACCUCCACCACAGCAUAGCGGCCCUCCUGUUAAUGCCCCACCACCUCAUCAUUAUAACCCGAACUCCAUGCAGCAGUUCCCUGAAGACCAGGGUACCCUCAGUCCCCCCUUCACCCAGCCAGGAGGGCUCAGUCCUGGGAUGUGGCCCGCCCCAAGAGGACCCCCACCUCCACGAAUGCAGGGACCCCCUCCCCAGGGCCAAAUGCCUGGUCCGCACCAUCCGGAUCAGGGCCGGUAUCGGCCCUAUUACCAGUAAACUACCAACGAAAUCAAUCUGUGUCAUUGUGUUCCAUACUGCUUGUCUGAGUAAUGUGAUAGUAAACCUCAGGGUUCAAGGUUGUAGACAUUGAUUUCGAUAAAACUGCCCAAAGCAAAUGUGUAUGUGGUGCACACUCAAGUUAACCGUGCUAAACCUUCCAUUGAACAUACUUUUGACUUGGAAGAGAGCAGGAGUGUCCUCCUUUUGAAACAACCUAUGGUAAAUAUGUCUGUAUAUAUGUCAGCUGAUGCCACACAUGUACAUUUAAAGAUGUUGAGACAAUAAAUUUUUAACAGCACAUUUCUAUCCUUUUGUUUGGCAUGACGUGAUGUAGUAAAAUGUCAUCUGGUUUCUUUAACAAGUUACUGAAAACUACAUUUAUCACUUGGUCUGACUGACAAGGUCUUCAGUAUUUCUCAUUAAAAAAUAUCUUGUGGAAAAAUAAA